AUGCAUCAGGCUUCUCUCUGUACUGUCCCAAAUUCAACAGCCACUCUUCCAUUACUAUCAAGCCGCAUUGAUUCUCCUACAACCAUCUCUUUCAAGCUUAGAAGAAUAUCACAAACCACUCGCAUGAGACCAAUUAGGUGCCAACCCAUGUUGCAUUCUCCCACGAAUAGUACCCCAACACAGCAUAGGUGGUCUCUUCGGGGGAUGACAGCUCUCGUAACUGGUGGAACACGCGGAAUUGGGCACGCCAUUGUGGAGGAAUUGAUGGGGCUUGGGGCAAGAGUGCAUACCUGUGCCAGAAAUGAAGAUGAACUCAGUAAGUGCCUGAAGGAAUGGAAUGAUUCGGGUUUUGAGGUUACUGGCUCAAUUUGUGAUGUGUCUGUUCCACAUCAGAGGGAGGCACUGAUGGAGUUAGUCUCCUCUGUCUUCCAUGGGAAACUCAACAUCCUUAUAAAUAAUGUAGGGACAAACAUUCGGAAACCAAUGACAGAAUUCACAACUGCAGAGUUUUCCAGUCUCAUUGAUACCAAUUUAGGAUCCACCUUUCAUAUAUGCCAACUUGCAUAUCCACUUCUGAAAGCAUCGGGAGUGGGAAGUGUUGUAUUCAUCUCGUCUGUUUCUGGUUUUGUCUCACUGAAGUCAAUGUCUGUUCAAGGAGCAACAAAAGGGGCAAUCAAUCAACUUACAAAAAAUCUUGCGUGUGAGUGGGCAAAAGACAAUAUUAGGAGUAAUGCAGUUGCACCUUGGUACAUCCGAACUUCAAUGGUGGAGCAAGUGCUCAGCAACAAAGACUAUCUGGAAGAGGUGUACUCUCGAACUCCUCUUAGGCGCCUCGGAGAUCCAGCAGAAGUUUCUUCUCUUGUUGCCUAUCUUUGCCUACCAGCAUCGUCAUACAUCACUGGCCAGAUUAUAUGUGUUGAUGGAGGAAUGUCCGUGAAUGGUUUCUACCCAACACACAUCUAAGAGUUGCAGCUUAUACCAUACUCUCUGCUUUUUACUUAUUUUUCUCUCCACCUGCCAUUCCUGUGAAGCAUUAGGCAUGGUGAAGGCACAGUUCUUGGUCAAACUUUAGAAUUAUGAGCUUUGAGUCCACUAAAAAAGUCCAG